GGAAGAGAGAGCAAAGAGGCCCUUGAGAGCUGCUCCCUACGAAACGUGCCUCGUGGCAAAAGCUGUGGGAGUCCCAGAGCUGGCCUGGUUUACUCCUCUUCCAUCAGGGGCUGCACCAUGGCCUCAGAGGCACCGUCCGGAUUGUCUCUUCUCUGGGAUAGAGUGGAAAGAGCAGCUGGGCAGCCCCAUCAGCAUCUGUUGCCCUUCCAGGAUCUGGUGACCUUUGAGGAGGUGGCUGUGUAUUUCACGGAGGAGGAAUGGGCCCUGCUGGAUCCUGGCCAAAGAGCUCUGCACAGGGAAGUCAUGGAGGAGAAUUAUGAGACGGUGGCCUCUCUGGGUAAAUAUAUUCUCCCCCCUUGACUGAUAAAUGUUGAAGGUAUGAAUUUAGCAGCUGUGCUAUUUAACCUUCCACUGCAGGGAUGCUAUUAUGGAAAUGGGUGCCUGGGCCCUGGAUAUUUGGGGAGGGACUGCAGCUUAGAGGGAGAACACCUGCUUCGCAUGUAGAAGGUCCUAGAUUCAAUCCCUGGCAGCUCCGAGAGGGGUGAAAUGAUCAAGUAGGAGGUGCUGGGAAAGGUCUUGUCCUGCCUGAGAUCCUGGAGAUCCAUUGCUAGUUCUAGUAGACAAAGCUGGGCUAGACGGACAAAUUCCCUGAU